GGGAGUUUCUGUCAAGGGGCCCUGCUGAAAGUGUCAGAGAAAACUAAGUAUCGGAGACCGAACAGAUGAAUCUGUAGACCUUCAGCUUCUCUUAUAGAUCAGAAUGGCUGCUGUGGAUGCAGAAACGUACCCUACUGAGGAAAUGAGGACUCUGACACUUGGCGGCCAUGUUGGAUUUGACAGCCUCCCGGAUCAGCUGGUUAGCAAAUCAGUGUCUCAAGGCUUCUGCUUCAACAUCCUCUGUGUCGGUGAAACCGGGAUUGGAAAAUCAACACUAAUGAACACGUUGUUUAACACAAUAUUUGAAAAUGAGGAGGCCAGUCACUAUGAAAGCGGUGUGUAUUUACACCCCAGGACAUAUGAGCUGCAGGAGAGCAACGUGGAGCUCAAGCUGACAAUCGUCAACACCGUGGGGUUUGGUGACCAGGUCAAUAAAGAAGAGAGCUAUAAACCCAUCACAGAUUAUAUAGAUUCCCAAUUUGAGAAUUUCCUCCAAGAGGAGCUGAAGAUCAAACGUUCACUCUUUAACUACCACGACACGAGGAUCCACGCCUGCCUGUACUUCAUCACCCCGACAGGCCACUCGCUCAGAUCCCUCGAUCUGGUCACCAUGAAGAUGCUGGACAGUAAGGUAAACAUCAUUCCCAUUAUCGCUAAAGCAGACACGAUCUCCAAAUCUGAGCUUCACAAAUUCAAGAUUAAGAUCAUGAGCGAGCUUGUGAGCAAUGGCGUCCAGAUUUAUCAGUUCCCCACAGACGACGAAGCUGUAGCGGAAAUCAACUCCUCCAUGAACGCUCAUUUGCCAUUUGCUGUGGUGGGAAGUGGAGAGGAGGUUAAAGUGGGAAAUAAGCAGGUUAGAGCCAGGCAGUACCCAUGGGGAGUGGUACAGGUGGAGAAUGAGAGCCACUGUGAUUUUGUAAAGCUGAGAGAGAUGCUGAUCCGGGUGAACAUGGAGGACCUGCGGGAGCAGACACACGCACGUCAUUAUGAGCUCUACCGUCGCUGCAAACUAGAGGAAAUGGGCUUCAAAGACCACGACGCUGACAUGCAGCCCUUCAGUCUGCAGGAAACAUACGUGGCUAAGAGGAGAGAGUUUGUCGCAGAGCUGCAGCGCAUGGAGGAGGACAUGCGGCAGAUGUUCGUCGUUAAAGUAAAGGAGACAGAGGCUGAGCUGAAGGAGAGAGAGAGAGAGCUGCAUGAACGUUUCGAGCGUGUCAAGCGUAUGCACCAGGAGGAGAAGAAGACUUUGGAGGAGAAGCGCAGAGAGCUAGAGGAGGAGAUGAACUCCUUUAACAGGAGGAAGAUGGCAGCUGAAACACUGCAGGCUCUCUCACUCCAGACCUCCAAAGACAAGAAAAGCUGAAGGAUUAUCAGUUUUACAUAUUUAUCAGGACAACAUCAUCUGAUGGAGCUGCACCUUUCCUUCGUCUAUAAUAAAACACCUGCUCACAGCUCACCUGUAACUCCAUCAGGAACUGAUUUGAUGGUAUCACUUACACUGUGCACAUAGUAGCUGUGACUACAGAGGGACUUUCUGUGUUGGGUCACUACACAGUCAUCCAGUGUUACACACCAUAACUCAUCUCUC